GUUCCUGGUUUUUAACACGCUUUCGGUGACUCUUAGCUCAGCACGCAUCAUCAACUUUUAAAGCAUGAAAAUAGUCGUUUUUUAGUUUUGCUUUAAGACUCGAACGAAAGCGUCGUCGGUAUCGACAGGGCUGACUUCAAGGCAUGGACCUCUAGACUCUUGCAGGUCCGCUCUCGCAAGGCUUGUCAGCUUGCAACCGCGAGCUAAGCUAACGAGCUACAUUGCAGUUCAAAAUGACAGACUGCUGCGCCGCGACAAACUGUGACUUCCCGACCGGAGGAGCUGAAAACGGCAAUCCGCUCUUCAGCUUCCCACUGGAUCCCGAGCGCUGUAAGCAGUGGUUGAGCAACUGUGGACGCCCAGAUUUGAAGUCUAAACCACCGGAGGAGCUUCAUAAAAACUACAAACUCUGUGCAAAGCACUUCACCCCCUCCAUCAUUUCCCAGCAGAGUGCCUCCAGUUUUGUUCUCAAGGAAGACGCAAUCCCAACAAUAUUUGAUUCUACAGCAUCCAUGGAUCCAUCGGGCAGCAGGAAACGUGUGCGAGAUCCCUCAGAGGAGGAGGCAAUUUCUUUAAAGAAAACAAAAGAAAAUGACCCAGAGACAGAUAAACCAAUAGACAUGUCCAUGGAGUUUGUCGCAUCAUCUGAUCCAGAGAUACUUAACCAGAGCUUUGAGGACCCAGCCACCACAAAAGCAAAAGACGUUCUCAAAGUUCACUUCAAAGAAAUUCUGGCACUCAACGGGUUCAGCAUCAAUGGUGCAAACCUCAACUCAGAAGAGUCGAUUGCUGGUACCAGAGGUCCGCAGUCGCUCAAGCAUGCCUGCCUGGAGAAAGUUGACAAGAAGGAGAUCCUCCACUUUGCUGGGGACUUAAUGCGUGAGGAGAUCCAGAACACAUUCAGGGAGGCGCGGUUCUUCUCCAUUCUGUUUCAGGAUGUGACCAGAAUAGAAGGAAAGGAGCAGAUUCCCAUGUUCAUCAGGUCCGUCACGGUAGCAGGGUUCCCACAAAAACACCUCAUCGGAUUUCUACCUUGUGACUUAGACAUGGAAGGUCUGUUUCAGUUGAUAACGACAGAGUUAAGGAACAAGUGGGGACUGCGGAUGGAGCAUUGCAGGGGUCUCAGCUAUCUAGUCACAGGAAGUGUAUGUCAGAAAAUGCGGGAUCUAACUUGCAAGAUUCUGCAGGAGUUUCCGCAAGUGGUCCUGUCACCAAGUGACCCAUAUGUGUUCAACAUUUGGAUUGUUCGCUGCAUGCCUGUUUCUGCCAUUCAAAAUGUUGCGGACACUGUAGAAGAGGUGGCAUCAAUACUCAGGAAAGUACCGGAGCUCUACAAAAGAUUGGAAGGAAAGAUACAAAUGACUUAUGGACACGUAAAGGGCGAAGUGGCACGCAUCAAAGGUAUACUCGGUGGGAAUUGGGAAUACGGCACCGAUGCUUACCAGACCAUGCUGGAGAUCCUGGAGCCAUUUCUAAACUGCAUCAAUGAGAUGAUUUCAAAAGUCGACCAAGAUGAGGCAGAGCGAAUGGCCAAGCUCAAGCCGGUUUUACGGAAUUUCAAUUUUAUCGUCACCCUAGUCGUUCUGAAGAACACCCUCUGCUGUGUGAGCAUUCUCAACACUAGUCUCAGGGGAAUCAUGAGCAUCAGCAGUACUUUACAAUACACCAUAACAAAUGCCUUAAAGUUGGUAAGCCACUACCAACAGGACAUCGCUGUGUUCCACAGGAAAUGGUUUGCGGAUGCCGUUGGUCGAGCAAAAAAGCUGGGAGUGGAGGUGAAUAAACCAGAGACGGAGCAUGGCGAUCCAACUGAAACGCCUCUGGAGGACUUUUACAGAGAGACUCUGGCACGUCCUGUCUUGCAGUACCUCGUCGCUGAGGUGAAGCGCGUGCUUAGCAUCGAGAUGGUGCGGAUUCUCAGAUGGCUGGCAUUAGUCCCGUCAUACAUGGCCGAUCACAACUUUAACAUCCGUAGAGAUAAGGUUGCAGACGCCAAUCUCAACAAUCUUGCCAGGCCUGACACCUUCUACGAGGAGCUCGGUUGUUGGGAAGUGAAGUGGAAGCACGCAAUCAAACGCAGGAUCCUCCCCACCACUGUGUUCGCAACCUUGAAGAUUCCAGACAUCGGCUUUUACCCCAAUGUUCAAAGCUUGUUGAGGGUGUUGGGCACUGUUCCUUGUGUCAAUGCUGAGGCAGAUGUGUUUGGCCAAUACCACAUGGUGCUGGAACGAUGGUACGCAUACCUGAAAGCUACUCCAGAGGACAAAAGACAAUGCAGCAUGGCGUCCAUCUUUGUCAACCAAGAUGUGCACUUCAAUAUUGAGAAGAUGGUGGACUCGUAUGUGCAAAGGCAUCCAGACAUACUGCGGGCACUGCAGCAGGAUGACGACGCCAAGACCAAUACUGUUCAAGUGGUAUCUCAAGGUAACCACGCGGACAAGGAUGCCGAAGAGGAGUUGCAACUUCUGAACCUGGAGAUGGAUGCUGAGAGGCUGGUAGAGAUGAAGUGUGCAGAGACUGACAGAGAAGCGCUCAAGUCGGCGUUGCAGGCAGCAAUCACAGCAGCGUGCAACAGUCAGACUGUAAAACAGAGUGAGAUCUCUUAUCCCCCAGAUGGAGAAAUCGAAUACGUGACCAAGUCAGAGAUGAAAGAAGUUCUCAACGUCUGUGAAAAUGCAGUCAGGGAGGGAAUUCUCAUGGAAGUAGGAAACUCCUUUUUUUCCUUGUUCAUUGAUGGAGUUGUGAAGUUUGGGAAGAAAGACUAUCUUCCACUUUUCCUUCGCUUCGUAGACAGUUUUGAUGUCAUGCGAUUGGAGUUAAUGGGAUUCCUAGAUGCUGAUCUGGAGUGUGACACUAUGGUUAAUCGUCUUCUGACAAUCAUCAAUGAGGAUUGGCGCCUGGAUUUGAAAAACUGCAGAGGUCAGGCAUACUUAGGGUCUGGCAACCUCUCCUACAAGCUGAAGGCGUUUGCCUGCAAAGUUCAAGAGAUGCAUCCUCUUGCUAUUAGCACUCACUGCUCCUCGUACUCAUUCAACACAUGGUGGUCGAAAACUAUUCCAUUGCCUGCUGUCAAAAGAGCUCUGGAUACUUUUGAGGAGGUUGUGAUGUUUUUUGGUAGCACAGCUACUCUUGAGAAGCAGCUGGACCAUGUGAUUGCCUAUGGUUUGAGAGAAACCUUUGAGAAGGCCCAGGAAUUGCAAGGCAAUUUCUGCUCCCUUUGGCAGGAAAAGCAUGACUCGUAUGAGGUGUUUGUGCAGAUGUUGGAGCCUUUAGUUGAGUGUUUGGAAAAGGUGAAGAGCAACCCUCAGAGAUGGCAGGUUAGCGUGUCUGCACAAGCUACGGCACUCCACAAAAAUCUGUUGGAGUUUGAGUUCAUUAUGGUCAUGGUGGUUUUGAAGAACCUCUCGUCCUUUACCAAAGAGCUGAGUGCAGGUCUGCAGAAGGACCACUUCAGUGCUGCUUCCCAGCUUUGCCAAAUUAGUGGUAUUGUGGCCUCUCUGACCAGAGUGAAGACAAACAUCAAGGUGUUCCAUCAGAACUGGUACGAUGAGGCUUUUGCAAUAGCACAAAGCCUCCGUGUCCAGAUUGAAGUUCCUGAAAACGUUGUGUCGAAAGAUGGCAUGGUGAAACCAGUGGUUUACUACAAAGAUGUCCUGAGUGUUCCACUCGUAGACAACCUUAUCAGUGCUGUGAAGGAUCAUUUCUCAGAAGACCACAAAGAAGCUCUCAACUUCCUCUCCCUGGUCCCUUCCUCAGUCGUAGUGAGUUACAUAUUUGAGAACCUGAAGUCAAAGCCUCCACUCUACACCCGGGAUCUGCCUGAUGCUGACAACUUCAGCACAGAGCUGAGUUGUUGGAGAGUAACGUGGAAGACCAAAGCUUCCGUCACUAUCCCAGGCUCAAUAUUUCACACACUGCGCCUGCCUCUCAUGCAGUAUUUUGGGAACAUCAAUGUACUGCUGAAGAUCAUGGCUGUGCUUCCGAGCACAGCUCUGGAAGAUUGUGGCGUCGUGAUGCGGCACAAGCGGUUCCAAGACUAUCUGAGAAAUACAAAUCCCAAGGACCGCUCCUUGUGUCUGGCCAUGCUUCAGGUGGGCACAGACUACCGUAGAGAUCUGGACCGCAUGGUGUCUCAGUGCCUGAAAGUGACUCCACAAGCUUUGGAGGGAAUCUGCCUGGAUCAGGAAUCCAAAAAUAUAAACAAAAAUGCUGAGGACAACCACAUGGAAGUGGAUUGUGCUGACGAGGAAGCUAAAGAGAGCAAACUUGAGGUGUUCCCUGCCAUCAAUGAUGACCAAGAUGUAAAGUCAGCCGCGAAAAACGGCCACCCAGAAGAUAAUCGACCCAACUUGAUGCGGGUAUUCAAACUGGCGACGCUGCUCGGGAAAAAGAACUGCGCCAUCUCUGACCUCUCAGAAGAGGAACAAGAUCUCUUCAUCCAGGAGCUCAGCAUGUGUCACUGGUCAGGAAAGGAAACCAGAGGCGAUGCAGCCGUUAAUGAGAAGGAAAUGGUGCAACUGAUCGUAGACGGGAUCCGAAAUGCGAUACUCAAGGAAAUAACAGAGUCUCCUUUCUUCUCGCUAAUCACUGAUAAGCCAGUUAAAAUCGCUAACCAGACACACCUGCCCGUUUUUGUUCGAUAUGUGAGAGAUUUCUCCCCCAAAGUAGAACUGAUGGGUUUCUUGCCGUUUGAUGAAGGGUAUCAUGUGGAUGUCCAAGCGAGAAAUCUUGCCAAAAUCCUGACCGAAGACUGGGCCCUGCCAAUGUCUCAGUGUCGAGGACAAGCCUUUAUGCACUUGGGUCCUGGAUACCAAAGCCUGAAGAAAAUGUCCUUGGACUUCUUGCAGGAAUAUCCACUCGCUGUUGUCACCCCGAGCGAGUCUUGUGGCCUCGCUCAUUGGCUUGCAGCUAGCGUACCUUGUCCUUCUGUGGCAAAGAUGCUAGAUAUCGCAGAAGAUCUCCUCCUGUUCUUUGACGAGUCUCCUCACCUGGAAGGCCAGUUGGCGCAAGCAGUCGAUGGGCUUCUGAACAUGCCCAGGGAGGCAUUGGAGGAAAUUCCCGAAACAUGUUGCUCCAGAUGGAAGAAAAGAGAAGACUUCUUUGACAUCCUGGCAGACACACUGGAGGGUGUCCUCAGCUGCUUAGACGUAGUCAGUUCGAAUACUACGGACAUCAAGUCAUUUCAUGCCCAAGUUCUCGUCAAUGCUUUAAGAAACAUGGAUUUCUUAGUGACACUUGUCAUUGUGAAAAAUGCAUGUUCUCCGCUCCGAAAUUGUAGCACCGUAUUCCGGUGUGGAAAUCCUUCUGAUAUCCUGGGUGAAGUGGAAAAAAUCCCCUCCAUUAUUGAGACUCUGAACAAAAUGAUGGAGAACGUCCAGUCCGUGCACUCCACCUGGUUCGAGCAGGCCUUUCAGCUGGCGAACAAGGUGGCCCCCGAACAGAUUUGUUUCUCAGAGGAAGUUUGCAACUCUGAAUCCCCUGAGAUCUAUUACAGAGAACAUCUCAGCGUGCCCCUCCUCAAGAGUCUCAUAGACGAAAUGAAGUACAGCUUCUCAGAUAACCACUUGCGGGCCUUGUCUGUGCUCACACUGCUGCCCUCCUGCAACCCACAGCCAAUCCUGCCGGAGUCGCCCCUCAAACCCUUCAUUCUUCACCAAACUGGUCUUCCAGAACCAGAGGCAGUUGAGCAGGAGAUCAACACCUGGGCCACUGUUUGGAGGGAGAAUUACCAGGAUGUCACUCCCCCAACAUCCAUUGCAGAAACGUUGAUCCACCCAGAAGCUGUGAACCAUUCCUCUGUAACCCUCCUGCUCAGGCUAGUGGCUGUCCUGCCCAGCGUCAGCAUCGAGUGCGACCUGAUGAAGACCACACUGAAUUCCAUGAGGGACCUGUUAAGACGCACUGUAUGCAAAGGAGAUAGAACGACUCAUGUGAUGCUUCUCACUCACUGCACAACCUUGUACCGGAUACCAGAAGUGGUUGCCAAGUGCAUAGAGGUGAAUCCGGACAGCUCCUAUUGCCUCUCUCAGGUGCUGGAAACUAUGCAAAGAUUGAAGUUGGACAAAGGGCCCGCUGAGGCGAAAGGAGAGGGGACUAAAGAUGAGUCUGGGAAGGAUGAGAUGCCCGCUGAUGCCGACGUGUUCCUGAAAGUUGUUGUCCCAGGAUCUAGAGAAACGGCGUCCUUCUAUGACCCGCAACUUCGGGAACCCAUCGUGAAGGAACUGUGGGACUCUCAGUUCUUCACCAUAAUAACGGAGCAAGUGGUGAACAUUGAGGGCGAGCUCUACAUCCCCUUGUGCGUCCGCUAUUUGAACAAGGCUGACAUCCAGUGCGAGGAAACCCUGGCCUUCAUCCCUUUCAUUGAGAACACCGCUCUCCUGACAGACUCCAUCGAAACAGCCUUGUCCGAGAAGUGGGGGCUGAACAUGGAGUAUUGCAGAGGGCAGGCCUCGCUGAGUGUCGGCGAAGUAGGGGCGCAGAUGAGGGCAGUCAGUUUGGCCAUUGCUGAGAAAUACCCGCAAGCGGUGAGAAGCCUGAGCUCUGCUAUAUCCCUCAACGUGUGGCUGGCCAAGACGUCGCCGGUGCAAGAGGCAGCCGACGGAGCCGUUCUGAUGGCUGACGUCUUGCGUUGGCUCACUAGCAGCACAGAUCGCCAGAACAAGCUGGAAGAAAUGAUUCUGCAUAUUUUCCGGCACAACGAAGGAAAGGGCAACGAGCUGAGGGACAGGCUGAUGAAGAACUGGGAGAAGAGUCAUGACAUGCAUGAGGUGAUGCUGGAGAUUCUCGAGGCUGUCCUGCUUUGCCUGAACGAGCUCAAGUUGGACGGGAGCCCUGCUGACCGGCGUCAGGCCUCAAAGUUUUUGACCUCCAUUAGAAACUUUGAAUUCAUAUUGUCAAUCGUGGUGCAGAGACACGUUUUGGCUGUGACGAAGAAGAUGAGCGAGGGUCUUCAGGGCAAACCCUUAGACAUGCUGCUAGUGGUGAGCACUUUGCCCGACGUCCAUGUGUCGCUACAGAGUCUGAAAAAUGAUAUCGACUCGCAUCACAAGGCCUGGUUCGAAGAGGCUGUCGCACUGGCGUCCAAACUCCACGUCACCAUGUUCCACCAGGUGCUGCUAGAGCCCCUGAGCGAGUUCUACAAGGAGUCAGUGAGUCAGAAGAUAGUGACACACUCAAUUUCGGAAAUGAACGACCUCUUCACUGAAAAGGUUGUGGAUGCGUUGAGGUGUCUGGAGAUUGUGCCUUAUGCCAUGUCCAAAGUAGAAACCAGCAUCCUCAGUGGUCUGGUUUUCCGCCUCUACAAGGAGGACCUGCCCGACCAGUCCUCCCUUCACACGGAGAUGAAGAUGUGGAAGGAGAAGUGGCUGGAUCCUCUGGCAGGCUAUCUCCCCACCACCGUGCUGGAUGCCCUUAAGACAUCUCAGAUCAGAAGCUUCAUUAACAUCGAGACUCUUCUCAGACUGCUGGUCAUCCUGCCGUUUUCCAGGAGGGAAAGCAACUUCAGAGCAGGGCAGCGAAGCUUGCAGGAGUUUGUUCAGCAGCACCAGAGGUCCCUGUCUGAGCUGUAUCCUCUGUAAUAGUUACAGGUCUUCCAUCACUGUCCAUUUUAAGCUUGGACAUCACCAGAAUUAUGGACCCGAGUUGUGAAAUGAUGAGCAAAUUUGUAUAAAUCAUGAUACGUUGAGAUUUUUUUUUUUUUUUUUGCUGUUGUUGAAACCAUAACAAAUUCUUCUCUUUUGGAACUGUGUAGUUUGUACAGUGAUGCUGCCCAAUGGGACCAAGGUGUCUGACCAUUACGAAUAAUUGCUUGUGUGCCUUGAUGCAAAACCACCAUACCCCCCACGUGUCAUGGCAUUGGAUCAUUGGAAAGUUGUCCCAUUGGACUUUUGGACACCGUCUUCUCCCUUCAUUCCAUUGAACUGUACAGUCUUGAACGAGCUAUAAAUCACUGACUUUUGUUUCCUGGGCACAAAUAGAAUGGGUUAGUUGUCUUUUAAGCAUUUCUUAUGUUUCCUGUCUCUGCAGGAACUACUUUGCUGUAAACGUCUUUGAAAGAACGUUUCCUUGGUGGGGACAACCUUCUAUAUAUUUGUCUAAAAAUAAAUAAAAUAAUGAAAAAAAAAAGCAUUCAGUUUUUUUAUUUUUUUUAAUUUCGUCUGCUAAACAGCAUCUACCAAAAUGGUGCGCUUCCCCGAGCUCUGACACAAGGUGGCGCUGUUGCCUUCAUUAUAAAGUUUAAUUUUAAUUUGAUGUUUGAAGUUGAUAAUACAAUUCGGGAUUGAGUGGUCGUUUACGACACGCUUGAGAGGAGUUUAAUAAUGGAUUUAAGUUCAACGCUUGUAUUGUGUCGUGAGGUUUUCUUUGAAAAACUAAUCUGCAUCAGUUAAAUAUUGAUUUUGAUAACCAGCGAUGCAAGCAGCCAGGUGCAAUGGCAGCAAUGCAAAUUCUCACGUCUUUGUUUUU